AUGUCUCCUAUGGGCCCAGACUUGUUCAAAAUAAAUUUUGAUGCUGCUGUGAAUAGACGUGAUAAUUGUGGAAUUACUUAUGCCAUUGCUAAAGAUCACCAACUUCAACCAAGAGGUUGGUCAUGUAAGAAAGUGUAUGUAAUCUUAGAUCUGCUUGUAUUGAAAUCCUUAGCUUGUCGUGAAGCAUUGUUACCGACUCAAGCUAAAGGCUUUUACAAAGUCAACCUUGAAGGAGACUGUCAAAUUCUUAUUAAGCUGAUUAAUGGAGAUAUUGUUUCGACUCUGUUAGAGAUACAUAAUAUUCUUAAAGAUGUUAAAACACUCUCCACAACCUUUCAAGAUAUCUCCUUCUCUUAUGUUCCUAGAAUUUGUAAUAAGACAAACUCAUUCUUUAGCUGCCAUUGCUUCGAGUGA